UUGGUGCCCGGCGAGGAGAAAGCGCCCUCGAUGCCGUGGAUCGUCACGGUCGGGUGACGCCAGCGAUGGGCGAGAAGAUCCACCUGACGGAGCAAAACAGGUUUCUCCAUGGGUUUCCUUGCACAAAGCUUCAGUACUGAAGUCGAUCAUCUGUACACGUUCUUCGUCCAGUGGUCUCCAGAGACCAUCUACAGCAAACACAGCAGCAAACCGGACUUCCUCAGGGUCCAUCCAGAGGCGCUCGACGUGAUCGACUCUCUGCUCAGCAGUUCUGCAUCAGAAACAUGGGAGAUCGUGACUGUGAAGCAGCAGAACAAGCGGCGUCCGAGCGUCUGUAGCUCCGCAGACUCUGAAGCUGACGAGCCGCUGCCGGUUCUAAUAGACCAGAGUCAGAUUCUGAACGAACGGCAUCUGGAACACCUGACCAAUCACAUCCCGGCGAGGACGCAGGGUUCCUCUUGGAAGCUGGUGUACAGCACGGUGGAGCACGGCACCAGCCUGACCACACUGUACCGACAGAUGAGAGAGUUAGACAGACCCGUGCUGAUGGUCAUCAGAGACACGGACGACCAGGUGUUUGGAGCGUUUUCCUCCGAUCCGUUCAGAGUCAGCAGCUACUGCUACGGGACGGGAGAGACCUUCCUCUACAGCUUCAGUCCCGAGUUUCAGAUCUUCCGCUGGAGUGGAGAAAACUCCUACUUUGUGAGAGGAUUCCUGGACUCUCUGCAGAUGGGAGGAGGAGGGGGUCCGUUCGGCCUGUGGCUGGACUCGGAUCUGUACCGCGGCUCCAGUUACUCCUGCAACACCUUCUGUAACCGUCCUCUCAGCCUCCAUCACGACUUCACCGUGCGGGAUCUGGAGGUGUGGAGCUUCGUCUGAGAGAAGAACAACAGCAAACCGCCUCGACUCGUCCGGUCACUCAUCUCUUCCUCUGAACCAAGAGAGUUACUGUCAAGACAAGUCCAGGCAGGAUUUGCGGCUUUAAUUCCCGUUUGCAGUAACUGAACACAUUCCUCAAGCCCUGGGGAUCAAGCGUGCUGCCUACGUAGGGCACACUAGAUCUGACACGAGCCCUUGAGUACUACUGACACUCACGGUUUACUGUCUGUACUGUGUUUAAUAUGCACUUAGACUGAUUUCCAUGUGAAAAGGAAAAGGGUUUGCUGUGUGCUAGUGAUGUUUUUUACUCUAUUUAAUAUCUGUGAUCAUAUGUUGAGUUGUGUUUGUCACGCAGUGCUGGCGCUGUGUUUCUGGGUCUGGGGUUUCUAAUAAAACACAUGGUUUUUUAUCAAA